AUGGUGGUCACUGCGUCGCCCGACACUUACCUGCAUAUCAUUGACUAUGGUUUGAAGAAGGUACGGCUGCGUUUCGACCGCCUCCUUCUUCAAGCCUUCAUGGCUGGCGUGUUCAUUGGGAUGGCGGGAAAUGCCUGCAUUUCUCUCGCAGGUGGGUUCUCUACGGACGCGGAGAACCCCCGGGCAAUAACGCCUGGGAUGCAGAAGUUUAUUUACGCUUCUAUUUUCCCAGUAGCUUUUAUUGCCAUUAUUAUGACCGGUGCCGAGCUAUUUACCGGUAACACAAUGACCAUGCUUAUUUGUUGGUUUGAAAGACGCAUCACUAUUUGGCAGCUCAUACAAAACUGGACGGGAAGUUUCUUGGGCAACUGGGCGGGUACCGCUUUCUCAGCGUACUUCCUCACGUAUUUGUGUUGUCCGUUCGACCACGAUCCCUACUUUAGCUACCUAAAUCAUACUGCCGAAGUGAAGGUCAGCUACGGCUGGGGAAGUUGCUUCCUCCGAGGAAUUGGUUGCAACACGUGGGUGUGUUUAGCUGUGUGGUUUGUCGUCGCGUGUGACGACGCCGCAGGGAAGAUUCUUGCGCUUUGGUUCCCUAUAGUCUGUUUCGUGCUUUCCUCCUACGAGCAUAUUAUCGCCAACCUCUACACGCUGCAGCUGUCCGCCAUGCUAGGUGUAAGCACGCCACUGGGGACGAUGAUUGCGUACAACCUCCUACCCACUUUCCUCGGCAACCUCGUCGGCGGUUGCGGACUGAUUGGGGCGGUCUACUUCUAUAACUUCUACCCGAUCGUUGGUCAUCGGGACGACGUUGUCGUUGACGGCGAGAAUGCGUGUGGAGGCAGCGAGAAGGAUGACUGUGUUUCGUUCGUGGGCGUUCCUCGCGGCACCUCCGUGAACAGCCUUACCGCUUCUGCUAUUCCGUCGGUUUUCUCGGUCCACGGCCACCGGGAGAGCUUCGCCGGAGACAGCAGCACGUUGGGCAUCGGCGACAUCAAUCGCCAGCGCAGCAUGCUUUCGGCACGAAAGCCCAUACUCACGGGAGGCGGGCUCGCCGAAGGCAAAAAGGACGUGCAAGUGCCGGUGCGCCAGUUCGAGGAAACGGAGAAUCAGAGCACCAUGGAGGAUGUGUGGGGCUUGGAAGACCCCAGGAACACUGUCUCCGCCGACACAACUGAGGCAGGCAACGGUUCAGGGGCGAGCGUGCCAAAGCCCACGGGGCCACCUGCAGCGACGGGGACGCACCCAGCCAUGAGCACCUAA